CCACGCCCCGCCCCUCCCCCUCCCCGCCCCUCCCCCACGGGGCCCGUUUGGGGGGGGGGGGGGGCCGGGGCAAGCGGCCGGACUCCGGGGCCCCCCCAUGGGGGUGGGGGGAGGGGCGGGGUUGCCCCUCCUCCCCUCCCCCACCGGCGUGGGGGGAGGGGCGGGGCGUGGGGUGGGGGAGGGGUUGUUUUCGGCAAAGGCGAGCGAAGGUGGCAGGGUUAUGGAGUUCCAAGAGGCCGCCCCUCCCCCCGAGGUCAAGCAGGGGGCUGUGUUGGAGACCCCCUUCGGGGCCGUCAACGUCACCCUGGUGGGGUCGCCCCGCCCCGGCCGCCCCGCCCUCCUCACUUUCCCUGACGUCGGCCACACCCACGCCUCGUGCUUCGCCCCCCUCUUCGCCCACCCCGAGAUGCAGGAGAUCGUCAAGAACUUCCUGGUGGUUCACGUGGACCCGCCCGGAAUGGAGGAGGGUGCCCCGCCCUACCCCGCCGGCUACCAGUACCCCUCACUGGAGCAACUGGCUGAGAUGAUCCCCUGCAUCCUCCAGUACCUCAACAUCGCCAGCAUCAUCGGCAUGGGGGUGGGGGCCGGCGCCUUCGUCCUGGCCAAAUUUGGGCUGCUGCACCCCGAGGCCGUCGAGGGGCUGGUGCUCGUCAACAUCGACCCCCACGCCAAGGGCUGGAUGGAUUGGGCGGCCCACAAGCUGUCAGGGCUGACGUCGUCAACCACCGAGAUGAUUCUGGCCCAUCUCUUCACCCAGGAGGAGCUGGCGGCCGCCCCUCCCCCAGUGGUGCAGGGCCGGGAACGUCUGGGGGCGACGCCCAACGCCCCCCUGCUGUGGGGCAUGUACAACAGCCGCGGGGACCUGGGCCUGGAGCGCAGCGGGGCCGGGAGCCUCCGCUGCCCCGUCCUGCUGGUGGUGGGUGACAACGCCCCGCACGAGGACGCCGUGGUGGAGUGCAACGCGAAGCUGGACCCGACCCAGACGUCCUUCCUGAAGAUGGCGGACGGCGGGGGGCAGCCCCAGCUCACCCAGCCGGCCAAGCUGACGGAGGCCUUCAAGUACUUCGUGCAGGGGAUGGGCUACGUCCCCCACGUCCUGGACCGGAAGCGGAGCGUGGGGCCAGUGGCGGCGGCGGCCAUGACGCGCCUCUCCCGCUCCCGCACUUCCUCCCUGGGCGGCGAGGCCGAGCGGGGGGCGGAGCCGCACCCUGUCGCGGGGCGAGGCCGGGGGCGCCCCCCCCGCCCCCUGAGACCCCCCGGGGACCCCCCCAAACCCCCCCCGGGACCCCCAACCCCCCUGGGACCCCCCAACCCCUCCCCCGCCCCCUGAGACCCCCCGGGGGACCCCCCAAACUCCCCCCCGGGACCCCCAACCCCCCCGGGACCCCCCAACCCCUCCCCCGCCCCCUGAGACCCCCCGGGGACCCCCCAAACUCCCCCCGGGACCCCCAACCCCCCCGGGACCCCCCAACCCCUCCCCCGCCCCCUGAGACCCCCCGGGGACCCCCCAAACCCCUCCUGGGACCCCCAACCCCCCCGGGACCCCCCAACCCCUCCCCGACCCCCCCCAAUUCCUCCCAGACCCCCCCCCCUCGGG